CUUACACCGUGUUCCUCUGUCCCGCGUGGCCUCUGCCACGACCUGGGCCUCGGCCCGGGCCGAUCACUCCGGAGCCGCCAUGUCAUCCGAUUUCGAAGGCUACGAGCAGGACUUCGCGGUGCUCACGGCAGAGAUCACCAGCAAGAUUGCGAGGGUCCCUCGACUCCCUCCUGAUGAGAAGAAGCAGAUGGUUGGCCACGUGGAGAAACAGCUCGAAGAAGCGAAAGAAUUGCUUGAACAGAUGGAUCUGGAAGUCCGAGAGAUCCCACCCCAAAGUCGAGGAAUGUACAGCAACAGGAUGCGAAGCUACAAGCAAGAAAUGGGCAAGCUUGAAACAGAUUUUAAAAGGUCACGGAUCGCCUACAGUGACGAAGUACGGAAUGAGCUCCUAGGGGAUGAUGGGAAUUCCUCAGAGAACCAGAGGGCACAUCUGCUCGAUAACACAGAGAGGCUGGAAAGGUCAUCUCGGAGACUAGAGGCUGGAUACCAAAUAGCAGUGGAAACCGAGCAAAUUGGCCAGGAGAUGUUGGAAAACCUCAGUCACGACAGAGAAAAGAUACAGCGAGCACGUGAACGACUUCGAGAAACAGAUGCUAACUUGGGGAAAAGCUCCAGGGUCCUGACGGGGAUGUUGCGAAGGUAA